AUGUCUGACGCCGAGUCUCUUGAUGAUGAGCUCCUUGCGCUUGCCGGAGGAGAUGAGUACUCUGACUCCGAAGACGAUGAGCCAAGAAACAAAAGCCGUGGCGACAGGUCGCGCACGACAUCACCAGCCCCUGCAUCUUCCAAGAAGACUGAUGCGACUACCAGAGGUGUAGCUGUGAAGAGGACGCCUGCAAAGAAGACGAGAAGACGUAGUAGGAGCGAUGACGAGUCGGAGGAUGAAGGAGAGGCCUCGCCUCCCGCCUCUCCAGGCUCACAAGGCUCAGCUUCCAUGGACGAUUCCGACUCCGACUCCGACGCGGCCCCGACCCAAGCUCGCGGUGGAGAUGACGAUGCCAUCCAGUACCCCGUUGAGGGUCUGUUCAAGAGUCAAGAGGAGAAGGCCCGCAUCAUGGGCAUGCGUGAGAUCGAGAGAGAACAGAUUCUUGCUGAACGACGAGAGGAGAAUGAGCGAAUUCGACAGAAUAGGAUGCUGCGACAGCUCAAGGUCAACCAGGAGAAGGACAGCAAGAAGCGCAAGGCGAGCGCCGUCGACCUCGAAGAUGAGCUGCGGAAGCCAUCCCGUGCCCGCACCAAGGCUGGCGAGAUUAGCGAGAAGAUGGAUACGUUGCGUCGUGCUCGCGAGGAACGCACCAGCCGCAGAGAGCAGAGAGAGCGGGACAUGGAUCGCCGCAAGCAACGCUCUCCUUCCUACAGAGACCGAAGCCGCAGCCACGACGACCGUGAUAGCGAUGCGGGCGACUGGCGCAGAAGCUCUCGACAAAAGUCUAGAACGCCCGAGAAGGAGAUCCUGCCUGCUGAUCUUCGCGAUGUUGAGCGUGUCCGUGUUGGCCGCAGCCGCUUCGCCGAGGUUUGCUUUUACCCUGGCUUCGAGCGGGCCAUCACAGGGUGCUUUGUGCGCAUUAAUAUUGGUCCUGAUCAGACUACUCGCCAAGAUGUCUACCGUAUGGCUAUCAUUAAGGGGUUCAACACCGGUAGACCUUAUGCGAUGCCUGACAGCUCUGGGCAUCAGAUGGUCGUCGAUUUGUAUGUUAAGGUUGCCCAUGGAGAUGCUGUAAGAGAGUGGCCAUUCAUCAGCUGCUCAGACCGAAACUUCACCGAGAGCGAGUGGAAUCGCUACAAGCAAGUUUGCCUGCAGGCGGGCAUCUCCGUACCCACUAAGACCCAGCUGGUCAACAAGAUUAGCGACAUUAACGGCCUCGUCCGUCACAAGUGGACUGAGCAGGAGAUUGCCGAGAAGCUCAAGCGUCAAAACAGCCUCAUGCAGAAGUUCAGCAGCACUGAGCGUGACAACCUCACCCGCCAGCUCGAGGCCGCCCGUGCUCGCGGUGAUGAAGACGCUGUUGACAGCCUCCAGAAGAAGCUCGAGGACCUCAGCACGCCGAAGCUAGCAUUUAGAACGUCGCUCACUUCUGCUGACAAGAAGAGGCCCGAGGGCAAGGGUUUGACCCAGCAGGAGAAGCUUGCUCUUUUGAACGCCGAGAACCGUCGCCGCAAUGCCGAGGAGGUGCGCAAGGCCCAGAUCAAGGAGAGGUCCCGUACCAUCAUCCCUAAGAACGUCGCCGCGGCGGAUAAGGCUAGUCAGGAGGGCGAUUCUCAAAAGGAGAGCGGCAACAACACACCUGCUGCCAAUGGUAACAGCAACGGGGGCCUCUUGCCUCACAUUGCCAAGUUGCAGGAGCAGCAGCGGGCUACGGCCAAGAACGGGUUGCCGCUGGUGCAUGCGCCGUUGAUGGAUGAUGAUAUCAUUGGGGCGCUGGAUCUCGGUAUCGAUAUUGAGAUUGACUAAGGGGGUUUCACUUGGGGAGUUGUAGGAUAGCUGAUGUGGGAUGGAAGAGUGGAGUACUUGCGUUGUGUUUCUCCUUCUCAGGGUUGCUCGAAUUUCUGAGCGGCUAUGCAUUGCUGUUUUGGCGAUUAGAGAAUGAUCAAGGAGUAGCAUAUGGAGCAAUGAGUGUGCAAAUUUGAGGCAACGGGCCUAAAGCAAAGGAGUGCUAAGAAGAAAAGGGGGGAGUAAGAUAGGCCUUGGGCAUGUAGCGGGACAAAUCAUGCAAAUGUAUAGAUAAUACUGUGUCUGUCCAUGUGAGGUAGAUAUAUGAAUCAGUUCAAUGCUACAACUGGGGAGCCACAUCAAAAGGUAUAUAUCCCUAGUACUUUGAUGAACAG